GCCAAUGUUAUCUCAUAAGUGAUUUGUGUGUUAUUCAACAACUCGUUUUAGCUGCUGUCACUUUCUGCUGCUGCUGACUUCACUGACUGUAACUACCGCUGUAAGUCCCUAAUAAGAUGAUGAGGCUGCCAUGGCGGGUCCUGGCUCCACACACAGCACCUGUAAGGAGAGCCUCCUCAGUCCCUGCAGGGCUGAUGAACUUUGUCCCCGCCUGCAGCACCACCGACGCCCACUCACUGGCGCUGCUGCAGGACUUUGUGACCCGAGUCAGACGCCUGUUUGUCAUCACCGGAGCGGGUCUGUCCACGGAGUCGGGCAUCCCCGAUUACCGAUCGGAGGGCGUCGGGCUGUACGCCCGUACUGACAGACGACCCAUGCAGUACGCAGAGUUUGUCCGCAGCGCAAAGUCGCGUCAGCGCUACUGGGCCAGAAACUUCGUCGGAUGGCCGCAGUUUUCCUCCCACUGGCCGAACUCUGCACACAAGGCCCUGCAGCGGUGGGAGGAGAGGGGCAAGCUGCACUGGCUGGUUACGCAGAAUGUAGAUGCUCUUCACUCAAAGGCGGGUCAGAAGAGACUCACAGAGCUCCACGGCUGUGCCCACAGGGUCACGUGCCUUGGCUGUGGUGCCAUCUCAGCACGGGAGGAGCUCCAGAGGCGAUUUAUAUCUUUAAACCCAGAGUGGCAAGCUCAGGCAGGCACUGUGGCCCCAGACGGAGACGUCUUCUUAGAGGAUGAGCAGGUCCUCCAUUUCAGAGUUCCCUCCUGUGAUGACUGUGGCGGGAUACUGAAGCCUGAGGUCACGUUUUUUGGAGACUCCGUGAACAAAGCAACUGUGCAGUUUGUGCACGAAAGGCUGGCAGAGUCGGACGCGGUGCUCGUCGUGGGGUCAUCUUUACAGGUGUACUCAGGAUACAGGUUUUUACUGGCAGCGAGGGACAGGGAGAUGCCAGUCGCCAUCCUGAACAUAGGGCCCACCCGAGCAGACCACCUGGCUGAGCUGAAAGUCAGCGGCCGCUGCGGGGAAGUGCUGUCAGUCAUUCAGCCGCUCUGACUGACCGCAGCCUGAAAAGCUUGAAGUUCUCUGCUGGUUAGGUUAAAACUACCUCAGAUUUAUGGAAACAGUUGCUCUCUGUUGUUACACGCUGUAUGCAGGUGACUGAACGUUAAUAAUUGUGAGCUAUAAAUGUGUCAGACUUGAAUCCAGCUGAUCUUCAUACAGCAGGUUGGGGUCAGGGAGCUGAAAUCCUGGCUCUGCAAUCAAAUGUCAACCUACCAGGAAAACAGAAAGGCUGUGCUUUGUUGUGUGAUUGCUGGUUUUAGGUUGGCACAAUAAUGGCAUGCAGGUCAGAUGUGUGAAGUGAAAUGAAAAUUUGCAGGCUUGAAGAAAAACAGAGGUACCCCGUUUCCUUCCUCAAGCUCUUUUCACUUUAUAAAUGGACUGCAUUCAUGUUCAAGUCUUAUCAAACACACAAAGCACCAUCACUAUAUACUGACGACACCUUUGGAUUCAAACGCUCUUAUUCUGAUAAGACAAAAAGACAUAUGGUGGCUGCUCUGAUGUAGAUGGGAAGAUGCAAUAUAAAUGUUUAUUUUCAUGUUCUGCCACCAGAUCUGUUUUAAAAGGUGCAGUUUGUUCUUCUUCCUUUUUUUUUAUUAUGCAAUACUCAGAUGGUUAGUAUUUUUGAUUGAUUUUAAAUGCUGCCGUAUUCAAUUUAGAGGCAUUUCCAUUUUUUGUGAAUUGCACAGUUUAAAGUAGGUUGAAUUAAACUUUUUCAGGCUGGAUUUUAAAGUGGCAUUAUGCUGUCAUUUUAAGGUUAUGU